UAUGAAAUUAUUGUUUGGAGGAAAAGAAGUUAGAUGGGCCUUAUGGGCGCUGAGGGAGAGACUUGCCGAAGCAUGUAAACAAGACGGCUACACAUAUAAGUUUGAUGUCUCAAUUCCAGUUGCGAAAUUUUCAGAAGUCACUGAAUCCGUUACGGAGCUAAUGAAGGGCUAUCCUGUCUUAUAUUGCAUGGGAUAUGGUCAUGUUGGAGAUGGUAAUCUUCACUUAAAUAUUGUGUCUAAAAAAUUCGAAAAGGAUGUAAAGUCAGCACUGGAAAUUUUUGUUUUCGAGUCGGUCGCCCAGCUAAAUGGAAGCGUGAGCGCCGAACACGGUUUGGGAUUUCACAAGAACGAAUGCAUCCGUUACAGUAAGGGGACUUCGGCAGUGAAAUUAAUGAAGCGAAUUAAAGCAUUGUUUGAUCCGAAUUGCGUUCUUAAUCCCUACAAAACUCUUUCGUCUAGUGUUAUUAGUGGCGUUUAA